AUGGAGUACACAUUAUUUCAGAACGCGUAUGGGCCUUAUUUUGAAACCAGAUAUAAAAUUUUUAGGGACCUUCCAGUAUUACAAAUAAUUAUUAUACAAACUUCUGUCACAAAUAAUUAA